CUCGAGAGUCUCUCUCGGAGUGAGCGCGGAGUAGGAGAGAAAGCGCGACUUUCUCCAUCGCAGAGCGCGCUCUCGGACCCGUGUCCUGUGCGUAGCACAUAUCAGUCAGUUUGUAGGCGACCUGCCCGUUAGUCCAGAUUUUUUAUUAUUUGCGUGAAAAAUUUGCAAGUAAACAAGCCAAAAUCAUGGCAAAGAUUGCAUUGGGUUUUCUUACAGUACUUUUCAUAGUACUCGUAAUCGAUGUCCAACCAAGUAGUUCGGCUUUUGCCCAACCCCGUGCCCCGAAUUUCCAAUAUUUCGAAAGGCCUCAAUACCGUUACCCGUAUUACGAUGAAAAUGGAAAAGGCCGUUUGCUCUACGGAUAUGGAGGACCGCAAUUAUAUCAGUACAAAAAGUAUACAGCGCUUGAAGGAAUUCACUAGUGAAUAAAAACAAUAAGGGAAAAUCUUGUUUGUAAAUAUAGUGAAGGAAGUGUUAAAAUUAAAAUUAAUGUAUGAUACCACGGUAAUAAUGUUAAG